AUGGCCUUGGUGCCAUAUAAUGGGGCAUUGAAAAUGGAAGAAAAUUGGAUACUAUUCGCUAGAGCCUCUCUCUCUCAAUCUUUCUACUCAUUCUCACAUAUCUCUCAUAUCUUUUCUUUGAGCAUCUUCUCUUAUUUUUCCUUAUCUUCAUUAUUUGUCUUCCUUACUCUUGUCCAUUUAUCUCAUCUUCUUCCCUUCCUCUUCUUUGUCUUUUCAUUAUCUGUUACAAAAACUAAUACAUUUCUCAUUUUAAGUACCUUAGGCAGGUUGCAUCGUCUUUUAUAUUCAUUCAUUUAUUUAUUAUAA